AUGGAAAUGAAAUUUUGUUCUAAUUGGUAAGCUUUAUUUAGCCAAAAGCAAAUCCCAGAGUCAUCAUUUUUGCUCCACCAAAUUCACUGUGAAAAAAAUAUAUCCCGAUGUGUAUGUGGAAUCUCGAUUCCGAAAUCUGAAAAAUAUUCUCAUGAUAUUCAGUAUCAUACAUUAGUGGAGUGCCAAUAUUGCUCAUAAUAAUAAAGGGAAUCAUUGGAAAGGCUCUCUCCGAGAAAUCUUUAUCCUCUGAUAAGUUUAUUGUUACGGGUUUCAGUUUCUAAGCGACCUUUACCCAGCUAUGUCAGAAACGCCCACCACACAGUGUAGGAGAUAUUGACUAUUUGAUUUUUUUUAGUAGGCAUAGGGUUGCACUUAUUAAUGUUUCCGAGGAGUGAGACACUUAUAAGACAAACUACAGAAGUAUUAAAGAUCAAUAAAACGUAUUUCUUAAGACUUAGUGGAUCAAGUGUUCCGCGUCAUAGUUUCGAAAGCUCUCUAGCCAUAGAUAUAAAAAGGAUAGGACUAGAGAUGUCUCAUGGACGCCAUGAGAACAGAGUCAAAAGGGAGAUUGCAAUUACUGGCUUAAUUAAUACGAACGCUAAAUACUAAUUAAUUAAUAGGCCAAUAUUGCUCAGUAUCAAUGGAAUCUUUCAUCUCCUCGUUUCACCAAUGUGAGAAACAGCCCAAAGUUUGCAAAUUUUGCGAAGGGCAUUUUCCAAUCGAUAUAUAUUCUGAUCACAUCUUUCAAUGUGGAAGUCGAACUGAAUUAUGCAAAGUAUGCUAUAAAUAUAUUCCCCUCCGUGAUUAUAACUAUCAUACACAAGAAAUUGAUUGUAGGCAAUAUCAGAUGAUACAAAAUAAAAUAUGUCAUUUAGAAAGAGAAGACCAAGACAAAGAGCUGGCUUUUGCGCUAGCUCAAAUCAAAGAAGCAGAAGAAGCUGAAACAAACUACAAGCUUCGCAGUGCAGCGCUAAAACAGACGAAUUCAGCAAGAACUUCACAGGCUAAAGGUGGCGACUAUGCAGAAUUCCUUAAAAAAAUAAGAGAAGAGCCAAGAACUAUGAACGAAGAGUCAAAAGAAAAUAUAAACUCUGAUGAUAUUUUAUAG